UGACAAAAUGGAACCCACCAGCAGUGUGAGGAGACCUGAAAGUGGCACAUGGCAGAGUGUGGCGAUGGAGACAGCAGCAAUGGGGGGCCGUACAGGGACCCAUGACACACUCUGGACCUGGCAGCAGCAUGAGGAGGCGGUACAGGGGCCCAUGACAGAUUACGGGCCUGGCAGCAGCAUGAGGAGUCGCCGGUACAGGGGGCCAUGAAUCAGUAUGGACCUGGCAGCAGUGUGAGGAGACCCGAAAGUGGCACAUGGCGCAGGGUGGCGGUGGAGUCAGCAGCGUGAGCAGCGGUACAGGGGCCCGUGGCAGUGUGGUGAUGGGGGCUACAGCAACUG